UGUUUCACCGCGUAGGUUCAAAUCCUGCCCACAACGAAUUUUUAUUAGUUAUUUCAGCCCCGAUUCCGGGCUGAAAUUGAAAAUGAAUUUUGGGUUGCGUCUAAACCGGGAAAUCUACGUGGCUCUCACUCGUUUCUCUCAUGGCCGACUCUCCUGCUAUCCGAAUCCAUGCCCGUCUCGAUGCUCUCGAACAAGAGCUGGCUGCGCUCAAUGCCCUUCCUCCUGAUGCCACGCCUGGUACGACUACGAGACGCCAAAAACUCAUUGCCGAGAUCCAUAAGCGGAUGAAUCAGAUAUCAUCGAUGGGGAUCCUUGCACGCCGACGCAGCACGGCAAGAAGCACUGGGGGAGGCGCUCGAAAGGCUCGUGGGAAUCAAGUGGUCCCUGCGGCAUCUGAUGCUCCUCCCGCUGAUAUUGUCCAGACCCGAGUAGAGGAGCUAUUGACCAAGUUUGAUGGGGGAAAAUAUCCGCCCCUGUCUGCUAACGACUUUACCAAGAAGCUCAUGUUUCCUGACCUAGGAAGGAGAGAAGUAAUAGAGGAUCUUGCGUUUGUUCGGUUAAUUCGUGGCUACAAGGACACGCAGAAGAACUGGUACGAUGCGUUACUACCACUUGUCCAGACUAGGAAUACUUGGGAGAAAGUCUGCAUCCGAACGGCCGAUAUGAAAAAGAUACCUAACGAUAUGGAUCGCUUGGUAGCUAUGAACCAGUUUCUGCUCGAUCAAGUUGGUGUGGGGGCAUGUGAAACAUUCGUCGACUAUGUCACCCGAGCCAUAGAAACUAUUCGUUAUGUCAAGAUAUGGGAUGCGCAUGAUGUGGAGGAUGACGACGAAGAAGCGGAGGAGGAUGCGCCACCGACAGGCGGCCGCAAAUGGAAGAUUGACUUUCUCAAGCGAUCAUUUAGAGCGGAGCAGCCCGAAGCACAGCUCGAGCUCGACCAAGCCCUGGCAACGGGAGAUGAGACAGUGAUUAAAGAGGCGAAACAAGCGUACGAAUCCAAACUCGGAUCGCACCGCAAAAAGCACCAACACCUUAUGGAGAUGCGACGUCCUCUGGCGAUGUUGUACGACUAUUUCGGUGCAGCGGUCCUGCUUGACCCCUUCUGGGAUGUUACGGACAAGGGGAGGAAGAGGCGCAGAAGUGGAGUGUUUGACGAAAUGCUGAUGUAUUUGUGUCAGCAUCUUCCCGAGGAGAACUUUGUGCAUGUUCCCGCUACGCGGUAUGAAACGGCGCACAGUUCAUUGACAGAUGUGUUGACUACUCUGGCGACACCUGUUGCGCAGCAUGCUGAGGAUUUCCUGGACAUGUACGCGCCAAUUUCAUUUGGAAAAUAAUAUUACAGCCCUGAAUCCGGGCUGAAAACGAAUGUACAAGUAGAAUAACGGUUAAGGCGAGUGGGUCGCGGCAGCGGCUUACGUAAUCAUCAAAUUAUCACUUGG